GCACCUUAAUUUUGAGAAUCCACCACGUCCGCAAAACAGUUGGAUUAUUUUUCGAAAAGAUUAUCAAGCAAAUUUAAGUCUUUGUAACCCUAACGUCAAACAGAAUGUCAAGCAUAUGGCUCAAGUGUGUAGCCUGAAGUGGCGACAGUUGUCAAGUGAGGUCAAGCAUUUCUUCAAAAUAUUGGAAAAAAUAGCUCGUGAGAAUCAUAAACACACAUAUCCUAAUUAUAAGUAUGAACCGAAAAAUGUGAAAAAUGCGAAAAAUUCAAACUGCAGAAAAUUUAUUUUAUGGGGACAAAAAAAACGCCCAGUCGAUUCAAUGUUGCCCCCAUUAAUAAAUAAUUAUACAGAAUCAGUUCAAUUUGCUCGCACUGAUAUCGUUUCAACAACUAGUAGUAAUACUCCUAUGAUCAAUGCUAAUUCAGCUCUACCUUCUACAAUCAAUGACGACUCUUCCUUAUUAAUUAACACUGAUGAAAUCAAUAACGAUAAUG